AUGGCCAACGCUCUAUAUGGUAUGUGUUCAAAAAUCGACACUGGGUUUAUUGUAAAUAAAAUAAUAGAAUGGGGAUUAGGAAAAUUAGAAAAUCUAAAUCUAAUACAAGACCGAUCGAGAAUCACGAAAGCAGAGAUCAAUGAAGGAAGCCAUGCUCUACAACAAAUAGCCGAAAUUCACACUAAAGUUAAGAAAAAUCUCCAGUAUCUUCAGCAAGAAACUAACAAACAUACUCAGAACAUUGACAUAAUUAUGUUUAAGACAAAAUUGCUAGAACAAGAAGUUUUGUUCGAAACUUUAUUGAAUAAAUAUACGUUUGAAACGCAAAACCUCGUAUCCAUCGUAAAUGCAGCAUUAGAUGGAAAAGUCCACACCAAUGUAAUCUUUUCACAGAAACUACUUACGGAAUUACGAAAAAUAAAAAUGAUUCUACCUAUGGGAAGCGAAUUACCAGUAGAAUUUAACGUAGAGUCAUUACCUGAACUCCUCAGAAUCUCCAGAAUAUCUAUUUUUACUCAAGAUACUUAUUUAGUAUUUGUCAUCGAAAUCCCUUUAAUUUCUAAGGAAGAAUAUAAUGUGUAUCAUCCAAUUCCUUCACUAAUUCAGUAUAAAAGUGAUACCAUAGUAUUGAUUUCUCCUAAAAUCGACUAUUUAGCUAUGAGUAGCGAUAAUGAAAAAUAUUUCACAUUAACAGUAGAACAAUGGAAGACAUGCACAGCACUCAAACAGGGUAAACUUUGUACUACAAAUCAACCAAUUCAUCACCGGUUAGGAUCUCGCUUAUGCGAAGUAUCUCUAUUAACGAACUAUCAGACAAUACCAGAAACUCGUGACUUCAAGUAUAUACGUUGCGAUAAACUUAUAUGGCAUAGGUUAUCGGAAACGAAUUCAUGGUUAUACUUUACUCAACCUGAUUCAAGCACUAUAAUAUGUUUGAAUCCUACAGAGACUAUUAAAAUUGAGGUGUUAGGAGUAGAUAGACUAACUAUCCCUUCUUUUUGCGAAUUCCAUAUAGGAAAUUCCAUUUUUACAUCUAAUAACAAAGUUUGUCGAAAUAUCCAAAGGGAUAUGGUAACCGAAAUUUCUCAAAAUAAGUUAUUACAUUCAAUAGAAGAAAUUCUGAAAUUUAAAAAACCCCAAAAUAUUUCCAACAUUAAUUUUAUAUAA